GUCCAAGAGGACCAUCUGGACAAAAGGGUGAGAAAGGAGCGGAUGGAGUUGACGGGAAAGACGGCCUUGUGGGGGACCCUGGGGUUAUGGGCCUGUCUGGUUGUAAAGGAGACGAGGGGGCAGAGGGGGAGCCAGGUCCUCUGGGACAGAAAGGAGAUGCAGGAUCUUAUGGAUUACCUGGACAAAAGGGAGAGAUGGGAACACCUGGGGAGCUAGGGGUUCCUGGAGUGUCUGGACCCAACGGAGUCAAGGGGGAGCCUGGACCAAUGGGAGGACCUGGAAAUAAGGGUGACCGGGGAGACGAAGGGGACUUUGGACCGUCUGGAGCGCCAGGCACAGAGGGUGUAGGGGGAGAGAGGGGACUGAGAGGUGCUCCAGGAAUAAGAGGUGGUCAAGGGGAGACGGGUGACCCAGGCUCUGCUGGAGCACAGGGUCAUGAAGGUCAGGCUGGAGACGUGGGUUCACAGGGUCUGAGUGGAGUGUCUGGGCUCAAAGGGUACAGAGGAGAGCCGGGUUCUCACGGACCUGCGGGUGUUAAGGGCCCCAGGGGGCCUCCAGGAGCACCGGGAGAUGCAGGGCCCAUUGGGAAAAGGGGUGAUGAUGGAACACAGGGAGAAGGCCAACCUGGAUAUACAGGGUUCCAGGGAUACCCGGGUCUGAGAGGACCUGCAGGUUUAAAGGGCAUCAGGGGAUUCACAGGGCUGAAGGGUGAUGUCGGCCUGCCAGGUGAUCGCGGUGAUGAUAACGACCAGCCAGGUCGGGGAGCCUCCAGGGGCCAAAAGGAUACCUGGUCUCACAGGAGAGAAUGUAAGUUCCACAACAACGUUGAGUUCACAGGAUCACCAGGCCAGUCGGCCAUCCGGGGGCAGACGUCAGCAGUCAACACUGCUUACCCUGAAUGA